GGGUGAUGCCGGGAGAAGUAGGGCGCAGGCGCGUUGUCCGCUGCCAGUCGUAGGAGGGAUGCUGAGGCCGCGAAGGCUUUCGGUUUGUUGGGGUUGUGGGCGGUGCACUCCCAGCCCGGGAAAAGCGAGAAAUGGCGACCCCAAUCGCGAAUUCCCGGCCAGCCCUGCCCCUAAAGGGGCUAAUGACCGCUGACAGGAGAUGCAGGGCACCGGGUGUGUUCGGCAUGCAUCCUGACCAUCAGGAAGCCCUGAAAAAGAACCGAGUGGUGCUGGCCAAGCAACUGUUGCUGAGUGAACUGUUAGAACAUCUCCUGGAGAAAGACAUCAUCACCUUGGAAAUGAGGGAGCACAUUCAGGCCCAAGUGGGCAGUUUCAGCCAGAAUGUGGAGCUCCUCACCUUGCUGCCCAAGAGGGGUCCCCAGGCUUUUGAAGCCUUCUGUGUGGCCCUGAGGGAGACCAAGCAGGGUCACCUGGAGGACCUGUUGCUUUCCACCCUCUCUGGUCUUCAGCACGUACUCCCACCGCUGAGCCGGGACUACGACUUGGGUCUGUCUUUGCCGGUGUCUGAGUCCUGUCCCCCCCACAAGCAGCUCCGCCUGUCUGCAGACGCCGUGGAACUCUCCCUAGACAACGGGGAUGGCCCGCCCUGCCUUCAGGUGAAGCCUUGCUCUCCUGAGUUUUAUCAAGCACACUCCCAGCUGGCCUACAAGCUGAGGUCUCGGCCACGUGGCCUGGCCCUGGUCCUGAGCAACGUGCACUUCACCGGAGAGAAAGACCUGGAAUUCCGCUCCGGAGGGGACGUGGACCACAGCACCCUGGUCGCCCUCUUCAAGCUCUUGGGCUACCAGGUCCACGUUCUACUGGACCAGACCGCGCAGGAAAUGCAAGAGAAACUCCAGAAUUUUGCCCAGAUGCCUGCUCACCGUGUCACCGACUCCUGCAUAGUGGCCCUCCUCUCUCAUGGCGUGGAGGGCGGCGUCUACGGUGUGGACGGCAAGGUGCUUCAGCUGCAAGAGGUGUUUCGGCUCUUUGACAACGCCAGUUGCCCGAGCCUCCAGAACAAGCCGAAGAUGUUCUUCAUCCAGGCCUGCCGCGGAGAUGAAACCGACCGCGGGGUGGACCAGCAGGACGGCAAGAGCCACGCCCCGCCCCCCGGCUGCGAGGAGAGCGAUGCUGGUCGGCAGGAGCUGCCGCGGAUGCGACUGCCCACUCGCUCGGACAUGAUCUGUGGCUACGCCUGCCUCAAAGGGACUGCCGCCAUGCGCAACACCAAACGGGGCUCCUGGUACAUCGAGGCCCUCGCUCAAGUCUUCUCUGAGAGGGCUUGUGACACCCACGUGGCCGACAUGCUCGUCAAGGUGAACGGACUUAUCAAGGAGCGGGAGGGCUACGCCCCCGGCACAGAGUUCCACCGGUGCAAGGAGAUGUCGGAGUACUGCAGCACCCUGUGCCGGCGCCUCUACCUGUUCCCGGGACACCCUCCCGUGUGAGGCCACCUCCGUCACCCGGGACCGCGGGAGGCGCGGUGGAGCCUCUUCGGGACUGGGGUUUCCGUCCUCCCCCUCAGGGACUCGGAGUCCCCAGGCUGGUUUCAUGCCCGUCAUCUUUGCCGUGGCGUCUGGGACUGCAGGCUGGCUCCCGCCGUGGGAGGCUUGCUCCCCGGGGGCCGGCGGCCCUGGCAGGACUGGUUGCCAGGAGCUCGGCUUCGGCUUCGAGAGAGGAGCCCAGCGGCGGGGUUGGGAAGCGCCCUGUUGGCUGGAGAGGUCUCCUCCAUGGGGGUGCACCCUUCCUGUGCCCCGCUCCUGUAGGUGGCACUUUGGUCGUUGCUUUUAUCACAUCAGGACAUCUCAGAGGUCACCUCCUGCCCUUCAUAUCCCAGCCUACUUUUCUGAAAGAGAAUUUGGAAGGCGUCUUAUUUAACGUAGGCAUUUGAAGGAACAGACGGGACCAGAGACACGCUCUGCUGCUGUGUGUGUGGAGGUGACCUGUGCGUUCCUUCAGGGCAGCAGGGCCACCCUGGGAGGGACAGUCUUCCCGUUGCCACUGUGGGCUCUGGACUUCAGGAAUCCAAGCUGUCACAGAGGUGGGGCUGGGGCGCACCUGGGACCUGUCACUCAGCAGUCGUUGCCCGGGAAAGUCCCAGAGAUCUUUCCUCUGCGCUCUUACUGAAAGGGCCCGGCGGGCAGUGCAUCUGAGGCAGGUCACGGUGGUACCUGUAACCUGUCGCCUUGCCUUUCUUACCUGGCUGUCACCUCCCUGCUUCCUGUCUCUCCCCUGUUCGUUUCAUCCUGUUCACUGCUGCCUCCAAAUCUGUCUAAACUCCUGCUUGCUGGUGUCAUUUGGUUGUUCAAGGAUGCAAUGUAGUACCUUGUUCCUGCUUUCUGUUCCGGUGCUGAAUCCCCUUUUGAUUUUCCAGGGCCGAUUUCCCCGCCCUCGCAAGUCUCCCCACCUCGGGGAGCCCUUGGCCGUAUUGGCAUACGUGUUGUUUGCCCCGGGAGCCCUGUUCCUCGGUGCUGAAAGGGUACUCCUGCUCCUGAAGGCCUCCUUGACUUCCACUCUAGUGUCUGUGUGACAGAUUUGGGUUUUAAAUAGAAGUCUGCUCAUCUCACUCCCCUGCUGGGAACGCGUUGCUUUCUUCUCAAACCUCAGAUGACGUCCAGACUCCUUCCCUGGGCCUGCAGAGCCCCUGCCUGCCCCGUAGUUGCAUCACGCGUGGCUCUCUCUCUAAGGGAACAGCUGCAGUGGCUUUGUCCAUGUCGGUCCUGCCCUGAGCCGUCGCGGACACUCCCGGGCCCACGGAGCGCCACCCUCACCACACGUGGCUUUGGUGGUUUUGCCCCUCGACCUCAGUUCAAAUCCACUCUCUUGUGGAGGCCUCCUCAGGCCAUUGUCUCUCUCAGCGUGACUGUGUUGAUUACUGGCUCCUGUGUUCUGUUUAAUCCCUUCGCUGCGCUUUUCCUAACCUAUAAUGAUACACCGACCUGCUUCCCUGUCCGUCUGUCUCCCCUACUAGGCCGUAAGCUCCAUGGGAGCCCAGACUUUGUCUUGUUCACCAACAUCUACCCCGCUUCUGGCACGUAAUCGGGGCUCCAGUAAAUGUUCGUUGAAGGAAGCAGCCCUCGCUGGAACCCUGCCUUUUGACUGUACACAGUUUGGUGUUUUACUCUGAAUUGUUUGGUGUGUUUUGUCUCAUGCGCCGGCAUUACAAAUUCCUGAGGCUGUGUCACCUGUGAGACAGCUUCCUCCACUGUGUCGUAGUUGAGGUGCUCAGUAGAUGCCCGUCCGUGAGCCAGGUGGUUUGGAGACUUGGGGCCCCGUCCUGCUCUCCCUGGGCUCAGGGCUGUCGGGAAGCAUUUGGGUGAUGAAACCUUUCCAGUUCCCACUGCCAGGAUGUCGCGUUGCCAUCAGGUGCCAAAUAAAUGCUCAUAUUUAU